GUAAUUAAACAAGGGGCAAUAUAGCGAAGUAACAUGACUGACAAAACUUCGAGCAACAUACGACACCGUUUUUAACUUUUUUUUUUUUUUUUUUCCUGUCUUCCUUGAGAAAAAAUUAUAAUAAUUUUUUAAACCUCCUGAAGGCUGAGGGGGAAAGAAAAAAAAGGCUAUGUGUUGGUGCAUCUGCAUGACCUAACGUCCUAACCAACCAGUUAGCUGAUACGCAUUGUUGUCUAACCCCUACUACUGCACUCUUAACUACAAGGGAAUUCUUUCUUAUAAGAACUUAUAGAUGACGAACAGAGUUACGCGGUCAAGGCAACAGGUAACUCAGCAGCCACCAGAACUACAAAUGCGGGCUAGGUGGACAACUGGUCUGACGAAGAUAUUUGCAGACUUGAUGGUUGAUCAGGUUCAUAAAGGGAAUAAACUUAGCAACAACUCAUUUAACAAGAAAGCAUGGAAUAUUAUGUGUGAUGAAUUUUAUGAAAAAACUGGACUUAAUUGGGAUAAAGAGCAGCUGAAGAACAGAUUUUCAAUCAUGAGGAAGCAGCAUGCUAUUGUGAAGUCACUUCUCAAUCAAAGUGAAUUCCAUUUGGACGAAUCCACAGGGAACAUUAUAGCAAGUAAUGAAGCAUGGAAUCGAUACAUCAAGGGACAUCCUGAUGCUGAGCCUAUAAGAGGUAGUGGCUGCCCAAUCUACAAACAGCUCGGCGUGAUAUUCUCAGAGCCAUUAACUAAUGGAAAACAUGUCCAGUCAGUUGAACAUGAGGAAGAGCUUCCUUCGUCAGUUUUCUCGAAGGAUCCUUUGGAUGGUAUCCCAGAGAAAGAGUUGACUACAUCAAUUUCCUUUAAGGAGCCUCUUACCACUAUCCAAGAGGAAGAGUCCUCUUCAGAAUCUGAGGAUGGGGAUGAUGUUGCAGAUGAGCAAGAGAUAAUUCAACCUUUACCUGUCACACAUUUCACCACCACUGUUAUGCAUAAUACAACUUCUGCUAUGGACAGUACAGCUGCUGCUAAUCGUAAAAGAGGUCGUAAGGGAAUUGAUGAUGCUAUUGCUGGAGCUAUAUUGCACAUGGCAGCUGCAUCAAGGCUGAGAACAGCUGCCAUAAGGAAAGUUAGUGAAAGAUUCAGUGUAGCUGAUUGUAUUAAGGAAUUGAAUGCGAUACAAGGUUUGGAAGAAGGAGUCUAUUUUGCUGCUCUAGAUUUGUUUGACAACCGCAAUGCAAGGGAGAUCUUCUUGUCUCUUAAAGGUGACAAGCGCAUGAUCUGGUUGCGUGGCAAGUGUACUUCUCAUCCAAUAUCAUAGAUUAAAAGAGUUAUCCUUAAUUGUGCAGUCAUAUGCUUCAUGCUAAAUCAGCUCCCAUUUAACAUAUGUACAGCUUAGUUCUCCUUUGAAAAAUAUUUAUCUUCGGUAUGA